GAAAUUAUAACAGCUGAUCAGUUGCACUUCUUGGUUCCAGAUUUUCGCAUUUUCGUUUGCUAUUUGUUGUGUUUUAACUGUGUGUGAUGUUUUCCCGCGGAUUUUCCCCUAUCUGCAUUUUUGUCCAGUGUCCGUACGCACUCGCUUUGUCUUCCUUAAAGCUGGUCACUCGGAAUUAGUUAAUUUAGGUGUCCGUAAUUUAUUCGUUUGAAGUUUUAAAAUGAGUGAUCCGCUUCCACCCACUGGUGCUUCGAGGCUUAAACCCCCGAGCAAAAUUGGAAGAUUAUGCGCUACAAAUCAACCGAAACCUGCAAUCCCCCCUUCGCCGAAAGCUGAUGGAGCGACUUCUUCCAUUCGAAAAAUGAGUGAUGACCUCAUCAAGAUGAGGAUAAAUGAAGAAGUGGAAGAAGAUUUUUAUCCAGAAAAUGGACGACGGAUGAGUUAUGACUACGACAGAAAGUCCUCCAUCAGUGGAUUAUCAUCGAAUGAUUCUCUUUGGGGUGAUGCUAGAAGGCUGAGUGAGGCCGGUUUGAGAAGGACUUCAGAUAACAGUGUAGUCCUAACUGAAGACACCGAUAGUUUCAUAAUUGGGGACAGAGUAUGGGUAGGUGGAUCCAAACCAGGCCACAUUGCUUUCAUCGGGGAGACUCAGUUCGCCCCUGGUGACUGGGCAGGAAUUGUCCUGGAUGAACCCAUUGGUAAAAACAAUGGAUCUGUGGGUGGAAUCAAGUAUUUUCAAUGUGAAAACAAAAAAGGUGUUUUUUCACGGUUGGGACGGUUGACACGCUACCCUCUGGUCAAUCCGCUUACACCAUCCAGCCCAACACCCUCGACGCCACCUCCAACGCCUUCUCCGGUUUCGAAUGCUAAACUUUCAUCAAUUCUCAAAACGCCUUCUUUGACUAAUCCUCCGUCUCCAGUUCCCACCGGCGAGUUGAAAGUCGGAGAAAGGGUGAUUGUAAUGAGCAGCCAGGGUUCGAAAGCCGGCGUCCUGAGAUUCAAAGGGUACACGAGUUUCGCCGAAGGAGUCUGGUGUGGGGUGGAAUUGGACGAUCCCCUUGGUAAAAAUGACGGCUCUGUUGAAGGCAUAAGAUAUUUUACUUGUGAGCCCAAAUACGGGCUAUUCGCUCCAUCGCACAAAGUCAGCAGGUCGCCAGCCCCAGGAAGACGCCCAUCUUGUCAAAUCCACCAUUCGUCAGUUAGAAGAGCUUCAUCUAAAGAAAGUAUCAAUUCAACAGCUUCAAGCAUUCGCACAAAUACCACUUCCACGAGUACUGCUCGGGUAAGACUUGGAGUGAAUUCCCUGAAGAAACCGAUGUUUGCCCGUCCGUCCGCUUUGCCUGCUACACCCAAGCCUUCAAGUCAGGAGCUUUUAAAGAGCAAGCAGGAUCAGAUAAAUCAACUGUUGAAAGAAAGGGAAUUGGACAGGUCGAGUUUGACAAAAGCUGCAGAACAGGCUGAUGAGGCUGAAAGAAAACUCAGCAUAGUCCAAGUGGAAUUUGAUAGUUUUCGAAUGGAAGCUUCAAAAAAAUUAAAAGAAUUAAAUGAUGCUGUCACUUCUUUGGAAAAAGAGAAGAAAGACUUGCUCGUCCAGUUAGAAGAUGUUCAGUUCAGAGCUGAAGAAGAAACGUUUUUCAAAUCAGAUAUACAAGAAUUGAAUGAGAAAAAUAAAGAGAAGAUCAAAGAACUGACCAAUCUCGUAGUGGAGCAGAGAGGUAGAAUUGAAGAGUUAGCCGUAGAAUCUAGAAUGCUCAAAGAUUCAGAGACAGCAUUGAUUUUGGUCCGGGAAGAAUUGGAACACUUGAAAAGCGCGAAAGAUACGAUGGAAAAAGAAUUCAGACAAGAACUAAUCAACACAAUGGAUAGAGCGAAUCGUAUGGAGAAGAAUUGCAAUGAAGCGCAGGACAAACUCGACAGCAUUUUAAACUCUAACGACACCAACAAAAAUCUUCUUGAAGAGUCAAACACGAGUAUUGACAAUUUAAAAAUAGAAAUUGAAGAGUUAAAAGUGGCAAACAAAGAAUUGAAUGCCCAGAUUGUUAAACAAGAAACUUUCAAAAAUGACCUUUUAAAAUCUGCCGAAUUAAAAGAGGAAGAUAAUAGAAUAUUGACGAAUCAGUUAGUUGAUAUUAAGAACAGUCUAGUGCUUUUGGAAACAGAAAGGAACAAAUUGUUAGAGAAAAUUGAUCUCAUUUCUACUAACAAUGAGAAGGCAGUUAAAGAUUUGAGUGUAAAAAUUGAAGAAUUUAAUUUGUUGAACUCUAAUUAUUUAUCAUUGCAGGAAAACUGCAAUAAAUAUUUAAAAGAAAUUGAAGAAAAAUCAAUUCAUAUUGACAAAUUAAAUAAAGAACAAUUAAAUAACAGAUCAAGUACUUCUAAAUUGAUAGAACAAUUGAAUGAAAGGAAUCAACAUGACAGAAAUGCGUUAAAGGGUCAGUUAGACGAUUGCAACACACAGUUAAAACUGAUGGCCGAAGAACUGGAAAAAACAAAAUUGUUAAACGCUGAAAGUAACAAGCAAAUCCAAACGUUGACCGGUGAAAUUGAAAGGCUCAAACAAAUUAUAGAAGAAAAUUCUAAUUCCAUCGAUUAUAAGGAGAAAGAAGUUCUAGCUUUAAAAACAGAACUGGAACCCCUCAAAUCUGAAUCUCUAAAACUCAAAGAAAGCAUGGAGGAAUAUAAAAAGAAAGAUUUAGAAUCAUUACAGACCAUCGGUGAUGUUAAAACUCAGUUGGAAACAUUGCAAAAUGAGAAAAAAACACUCGAGACAGAUAAAGAUAACUUAAAACAGAAAUUAGAGAAUAUGGGAAAAGAAAAAAACAAUGAAAUUGAACUACUAAACUCUCAAAUUAACAACAAAGCAAAUACAAUUGCUAAUUUAGAGCAGAAAUUGAGUGAAACUGAGUCGGUUGUUAAAGAAAACCAAAGCAUCAUCAACGACAAAUCUCAAGCUAUAGAAAAGCUUACAAACAACUUACAAGUGGCCAGUGAGAAAAUUACAAACUUGGUUAAGGCAGAGGAAGAUUUACGUGAAAAUGAGCAAAAGUUGACGCUUGAAUUAGGAAAUGUUCAACGCAAGUUAGAAAACCUGGAAGAACGUUGUAAAGAGUUAGCAACGCAGAAGGAAAAACUGGAAAAUGACAUAGUAAACGUGAUGAACUCAUCCUCCGACUCGUCAUCACAGUUGACAAAACUCAAUAAUGAGCUGGUCGGCGUUCAUAAAGAGUUUGAAAACUUUAAAACCAACUCUGCAACUGCAUUGCUUGAAGCCAAAAACAAAGAGCAAGAGUUGAUCCUCAAAUUAUCCUCUGCGAAAGAAGAGAAUGAAAAGCUAAAAAAUGAAUACAACAAUUAUUUGAGUUCGUCAAAAGAAAGUAGUCUACAAAUGGAACAUACUUACGUAGAAAAGAUUCACCAUUUAGAAAAUGAGAUAAAGGUUUGUUUAACGACGAGUGAGAAUGACAAAAAACAAAACACAGAGUUGAAAGAGAGACUGUCCAAAUUGGAACAGACAUACAAAGAAAAAAUUAACUGUUUAGAAAACGAGAUAAAGGUUUGCUCAAUGACGAGUGAGAAUGACAAAAAACAAAAUGAGGAAUUGAAAGAAAAAAUACUCAAAUUGGAACAAACUUGCUCGGAAGUGGAUAAUAAGUAUGCAGAAUGUGAACAGUCAAGGCAAGUAUUGUUAAAAGAAAUUGAGGAAACGAAUAAAAAAUUAACAGGCGAUGAAAAGGAGAAUUUAGAUAUGAAACAAAAAUUAGAUGACUUUGUCAAACAAGUCUCAUCUCUAGAAAAUGUCAUCAAGAAUUUAAAUGAAGAAAAGGGGAUUUUAGACGGAAGACUUGUCGAAAGUGAACAUAAAUAUGAAGAAUUAGCCAAGAGUUUGAAUAAAAUAAAUGCUGAAAAUGAACUGCUUUUAAAUCAGACACAAAAUUUAAAAUCAUCAACUGAGUCAGAACUUCUUAAUUGGCAAAAUCAAAUUAAAGAGAAAGACAGGCUUUUGACAGAAAACGAUUCAAAAAUCAAGUGUCUAGAAAAUGAAAUUGAAAACUUCACUUCUAUCAUUAAUCAAAAAACAGGUGAAGUCAAGUCAAAAUUGGAAGAAAUCGAGUUGCUAAAAAAUAAAGUAUCAAGUGUAGAAAGUGAAAACAGUCGGAUCAAAAAAGAAAAUGAAAGUUUAGCGAAAUCCAGAGAGGAAUUGUUAAAAGACUUGAAAGAAAGAAAUACAAAAUUGUGCGAUGAUGAGAAGCGGGAUUCUGAGAAAACACACAAAAUUGAAGAAUUGUCUAAACAGGUGUUGUCUCUCGAAAGCCUUGUAAAAAAUUUAAACGAAGAAAAAGGAAUUUUAGAUGGAAAAAUUGUGGAAAGCAAGCAAAAAUAUGAUGAAUUAUCAAAGACGUUGAGCAAGAUCAAUGCAGAAAAUGAACUCCUUUUGAACAAGUCUCAAGACUUGAAAACAUCGACUGAAUCCGAGCUUAUUAAUUGUCAAAAUCUGAUUAAAGAGAAGGACAAGGUUCUGGCAGAGAAUUGUACAAAGAUUAAAAAUUUAGAAAAUGAGAUUGCCAACUUCACGUCAGAUCUUAAUAAAAAAACAGACGAAGUAAAGUCAAAAUUGGAGGAAAUCGAGUCCCUCCAAAGUCUAUUAUCAAGUGUACAGUGUGACAACAAUCGUAUGAAUGAAGAAAACCAAAAUUUAACAAUAACCAAAGAGGAGCUUAUGCAAAACAUCGCCACGUUGGAAACUAUGCUUUCAGCGAAUCAAGGCCAGACCACAGAUCUGACAUCACAUUUACAAAAAUUUAAGAUGGAAUCUCAGAGCUUAGAGAAGACAAAUGCUUUGCUUAAAACUCAACUGGACGAAGCAUUGAAAGAGAUCAGACAGUUAAAGGAAAAACCGAAAAGCAACGACAACAUGCAAAAUAUGACGGACGAAUCAAAUAAUUGGCUGGAGGAAAAAGAAUUGGCCAAUAGCGAAAUAAACUUUUUAAAUUCUAUCAUCGUCGAUUUAAGGAAUAAAAACGAAGCCUUGAUGCAAAGGUUGAACGAGAUCGAUUUAGGAGAAUCUUACGAACUGCAAAAUAAAAAAGUUAAAGCAGUCGCGCCGAGACUAUUCUGUGAUAUUUGUGAUGUUUUCGAUGCUCACGAGACGGAGGACUGCCCAAGGCAAGCGACAGAGUCACCGCCACCUUUGCAGGACCAUAAACCAGCACCGAGGAAUGUCGUUCGACCUUAUUGCGAACAUUGUGAAGUCUUUGGCCAUGACACGGCAGAUUGUGAUUAUGAAGAAACAUUUUAAUAUGCAUUGACUAAUGCUUUUAAAGUUAGGUAGGUAUGGCUUUCAAAACUUCAAAGUUGUUGAGGAUUGUUUGACUUAUUUUAAAUUGUUAAUUUAUUGUGUUAUAUUUUGUUGGUUAUUAACUAUUUAAAACUUAUUCCUUUUAAUAUCUUCACCUGAUUACAUUACAAACUACUGAAAACAUUUUUAGACUGGAAAAAGCUCAACUUGCCCCUAUAGUUAUGAAUUAGUGCCUUAAUUCUACCAAAGAUUCUGAUAAUUACAUGAUAGGAUUUUUAGAUUGAAAUUUCAUUCUUGUGAUAUCUAGUGAACUUGUGCCAAUUACUCUGUAGUGAAAUUUGUAAAUAAUGAUGUCCUGAUGUAAAUAACUGUUAAUAUAAAUUAACUUAUUGCAUUUG